AUGGAACAAAUAACAACUGAGUAUAAGAAAAUAUCGGUGACCUAUCAAGAGUUCUUGGAUAAGUCUGUUCCUCGUACUCAUGAGAGAUGGAUAGCAUUUGGUGUCUUGUUGUCUUUGUUUGUCCUUAGAAUUGUACUUUCUCAAGGAUGGUACAUUGUGUGUUACUCUUUGUUCAUUUACUUAUUGAAUCAGUUCUUGCAAUUCUUAACACCAAAGUUUGAUCCUUCGUUAGAACAGGAGAUGCAAAAUGAGUCCAUUGAAGAAGGAAUUCCUGAAGAAGGUAGUGAGAAAGAUGAAGAAUUUAGACCUUUUAUUAGAAGAUUGCCCGAGUUCAAGUUCUGGUAUAACUCCAUUUUUUCUGUCACACUUUCACUCAUCUUAGCCUUCAUUCCCAUCGUUGAUAUACCUGUUUUCUGGCCCAUAUUAGUGAUGUACUUCAUCAUUUUAUUCUCAUUGACUAUGAAAAGACAAAUCCAACACAUGGUUAAGUACAAGUAUCUUCCAUUUGAUUUAGGUAAGGCUAAAUAUGGAGGUAGAAACUAG